GCUCAGUACACUUGAAAUUGCGAACACGAAGUAUCUUUAGUGUAGGAGUUGACAUCCAAAGCGUAGUUUACGUAUGAUUUACAGAUUUAACAAAAAUCUAUAAAAUGAGAAAACAAAUAGCAAAAUUUUUUGUACUCGUCAUUGUCACUGUUGUCUCAGUUGAGGAAAUUUCUGCGAACAGCUACAGCGUCAUUGAUGAUGUAGAAGUUUCGAUUGUUGGUAAUAAAUUUAAAUGUGACAAAAUGGAUUGCCCUUCAGAUGCUGAUCGCUGUGAAGUUGAAAAAUAUAAAAAUUCUGAAAACCCAUCAGAGUUAAUACGAAAAAAUACUUGUUUUUCAAAAUCUGGUUCUAUUUUAAAAACAAACUCUGAAAAAUCUGCAAUUGAUCCAAGGAGUAAUGUCUCACUUCGUGUGAUUGCAUACAGAAAUGGAAACAUGGUUAAUUUAAACACUGCAAGCUAUUCUACUACAGGCGAUGGAAAACAAAUUAGCUUUAAUUACGAUCCUGUAGUUGCGGAAAAUAUACAAAAGAAUCUACAGCACACUUUACAAACUGUUCAGGAAAAUAUAAAGGCCAUGAAUGAGCAACUACAACAUCAACUCCAGACUUUAAAUAAUUUGAAAAUAUUUCCGAAUGGAUUAUUUUAAAUAAUUUUUUAUGAUACGUAUAUACAUAAAUAUU